UAUAACUUGUAUCUACUCGUAUUAUUGUAUAGUUAACCAGUUACCUCUCUUUAGUUGAAACACGCGCGCGCAUUUCCAAUAUCACUGUCCGUUUCGCAUGUCGAUAAAAUAAAGUUUAGUUUUAAGUUUUAACCCGGAUUUACUGAAAAUGCCUGACCAGGAAGUGGAAUGGGAGACUGCGUUGGUCCCAAUAAAGGACUGGCUCAGCAAACAACCACAUCUGCCUAAUGAUGUCGAUGAUAUCCUGCUGCGGCGCUUCUACACCAGCUGUGGUCAGAACCUGGAGCGCGUCAAGAAGACCAUGGACCUGUUCUUCACCAUCCGUUCCACCACACCCGAGCUGUUCACCAAGCGGGACCCCUGGGCGCCUGAGAUUAGACAGGUUUUUGAUAUUGCUGACAUGUGCCCGCUUCCAAACAAGACCAAGGAGAACUACAGGGUGUUUAUCUACAGGCUGAACAACCCGGACUACGACUUGUUUAACUUCGUGGACGCGAUCAAGACAUUCUUCAUGUUGGCGGACACUCGCCUGACGGAGGAAGAUGACAUACCUUCGGGCGAGAUACCCAUAUUUGACAGCAACUACAUCACGCUCAAGUUCAUAGGGAAAAUUAAUUUGGCUAUCUUGAGGAAAUAUAUGCUUUACACACAGGAGGCAAUACCCAUCAGACUGAAACAAGUGCACAUAAUCAACUCACCGUCAUACAUCGGCAAGAUAUUUGCGCUCUGCAAGCCCUUCCUCAACCCUAAUGUUGCUAAACUGAUCAAGUUCCACGAGCCCGGUUCGGACACGCUGUACAAGGAUGUCCCUCAGGAGCUGUUGCCCAAUGAGUACGGAGGCAAGGCGGGCUCCGUCGAUCAGAUCAAGCGGUACUGGAUGAAAAGGGUCGAAGCUAAGAGAAACUGGUUCCUAGCAAAUGACAAGAAUUGGGCAGUAGAGGAAUCGCUCCGACCAUCCGCAAACAACGACGAAAAGAUCAAAAAAGUGAAGGACCUGCCUGGCUCUUUCCGUUCUCUUGCUUUCGAUUAGUCGAUUAAAUUUGCGAAUAUAAUCUAAAUCGAAUCGGAAACUCUUUACUUACUUAUAUUUAAAACUAGCGGACGCCCGCGACUUCGUCCGCCCUUAGACCUCUUUAAUCCAGCCCUUACAGUAGUAUCGCUGUAAAAAUGGAGCAACUUCUCCCGUUUUUCCAACAUUUCCCUUCACAGCUUUGUUCCUAUUGAUCGUAGCGUGAUGAAAAGUAUACUAUAAGAAUAAUUAUACCAAGUUUUGUUAAAUUCCGACGAGUAAUUUUGGUUUCUAUAACGAACAUACAGACAGACAAAAACUUUACUGACUGCAUUUUUGGCAUCAGUAUCGAUCACUAAUCACCCCCUGAUAGUUAUUUCGGAAGUACAGAAUUGACCUCCUAUUUUUAGUUCGUAAAACUUGACUUGGGAUUGGUAUACUGACAGUAAUACCAUCGGUAGGGUUAAGAAUAGGGUCAGAUAAAUAUCCGUUUUUUCGACUUUUUACGUGACAACGUCUUAUAAUUCGAUGGAGCCGGCUGUACACCCGAAAAAAGAUGACGUCAUGCGUCGUUCCCUCGCACUAGGGUUGACAACUUUUUUUACAAGAAAUAAAGUAUAUUCUGGUCUAUGAAGAUUAUUAUACAAUAAUUUAGAAAAAUGUACAUUUUCUUUUGAAAAACGCAACCAUUCCAUCAGUAUUUUCUUAUGACAUUGUCACGUUCAACUAUCGUCAGUAAGCCGACUUUACAGACAACCGAUUUUUUGACGACCUCCGUGGCGCAUUGGUAUGCGCGGUGGACUUUCAAGACGGAGGUCCUAGGUUCGAUUCCCGGCUGGGCCGAUUGAAGUUUUCUUAAUUGGUCUAGGUCUGGCUGGUAGGAGGCUUCGGCCGUGAGUUACAACCCUACCGACAAUGACGUACCACCAAGCGAUUUACCGUUCCGGUACGAUGUUGUAUAGAAACCGUAAGGGGUGUGCUUUUCAUCCUCCUCCCAUCAAGUUAGCCCGUUUCCAUCUUAGAUUGCAUCAUCACUUACCAUAAGGUGAGAUUGUAGUGAAGGGCUAACUUGUAAAGAAAAAAAAGACUCUCGAGACAGCUGAGUCUUCCCCCGCAUGAUUUAGGGGUCGGGGUAUGAUAACAGAGGAUUCCUGAAGAGAGCAAGUGACAGGCGUAUUUUUAUUUCUUUAUUCUCUUAAAGGGUGUGGAUUUUCAUCCUCCGCCUAACAAGUUAGCCCGCUUCCAUCUUAGACUGCAUCAUCACUUACCAUCAGGUGAGAUUGUAGUCAAGGGCUAACUUGUAAAAAAGAAAAAUAAAAAAAAAAUAAAAAAAAAGUAUCUUCUUCAGACUAUUGUUGCCAACCAUAAUUUUAAAAGGUGUAUGUACAGCUAAUAAUAAUUGAUAGAAAUUAACAGUAGUUUCGAGAAAGGAAAUUCAUAGAACCAUCAGGUACCUACCCAAAACCUAACGUAUUUCUUGUGAAUUUAAAAAUAAGUCUUAUUUUUUUACCGAUUUCAUUAUUAAUUCGUAUUUUUUAACAUUAUUUUUUUAGUUUCUCUUUGACUAAUUUAUAGUUUGUACAGUAAGAUCAAUAUCACAAUUAUAAUAAAAUAUUGAUGUAUAUAUUACAGUCCGUAUUUUUAAAGUUAGCUACCAUAGUUUGGCAAGUUCGUUGAUAACACUCCCAUAAUAUGCGGGCGACGGGGGGAAAGACUGCGCGGGUGUGAAAUCGUGCGUCCGCGGAAGUGGAAUUCUUCGCAAUACGCCCCCCGUCCCGCGCAGACCAUCGGGAAUGUUACGAACGAAGUUGCCAAGCUAUAUAUAAUGUUUUAAAUAUUUUUUUACAACUCCUGUACGUAAUUGGUGAAAUACUGGUCUAAUUAUAACAUGGCUCUUGUAAUAACCUACACUGAAAUCAGUGUUAGCGGAUUGUUUGUUAUAAUUUAUAAACGAAUGUAUUAAUAGAUAAUAAAUUGGUGAUAUUUGUGUA